AAUAGCCAGCUGGCGGUGGCCAAAUAUAUGCAUUCACCAACUCUUCCACGGUGUUCUGCUUGUAUCCAUCGGCUUCUUCGCCUACCUCUCUGAACGAGCGAGCGCAGUUUGGGUUAUGAAAUGGAAGCAAUGUCAGGGAAGAUUAUCGAAAAUGUUUCUGUGUCACAGUGCUACCAACUAAGUAGGAAGUUCAACACCCAUUAUCAAAGGGACAACUUUGCCCCUUUUAUGCGCAACAUGCUUCCCUUCCAGCGAGGGAAGUUAGCAUGGACUGCCAUUCCUUCCAUGCAAUUGCGCAACUUCUCAAAAUACCAGAGCAGUUUUGUAAACCGAAGAACUGUUCACUGCAACGGUCUGUUCUAGACUCUCAUUAUCAAGCUGCUCCAUCUACCGCUGCGGUGCCAAAUCUUGACAAAGUUGAUUUUCUGAAGCUUCAAAAUGGAAGUGAUAUUCGAGGUGUUGCUGUUGCUGGUGUUGAAGGAGAACCACUCAAUCUGACUGAACCUGUUUCAGAAGCAAUAGCGGCUGGUUUUGCUGCAUGGCUUUUGGAAAAGAAAAAAGCUGAUGGCUCACGACGUUUGAGCAUUUCUGUUGGCCAUGAUUCUCGAAUAUCUGCGAAAAAGUUAGAGGAUGCAAUUUCACGAGGAAUUGCUGGUGCCGGUCUGGAUGUUGUUCAAUAUGGACUGGCAUCCACACCAGCAAUGUUUAAUAGCACAAUUACUGAAGAUGAUGCUUUCUUAUGUCCUGUCGAUGGAUCUAUUAUGAUAACAGCAAGUCAUUUGCCUUACAACAGGAAUGGGUUCAAAUUUUUCACAAAUGCUGGAGGGCUCGGGAAAGCUGACAUUAAAAACAUCUUAGAGCGUGCUGCAGAUUUAUAUAAUAAAUUUACAGCAGAAGGGUUGACGAAUUCAAAAGGAAAAGCACUUGCGUCCGUAAAGAGAGUUGAUUACAUGAAUGUAUAUACAUCUGAUCUUGUAAAGGCAGUUCGCAAAGCUGCAGGAAAUAUAGAGAAGCCACUGGAAGGGUUCCAUAUUGUAGUUGAUGCAGGGAAUGGAGCAGGAGGAUUUUUUGCUGCAAAAGUGCUUGAACCUCUUGGGGCAGUCACUUCUGGUAGUCAGUUCUUGGAGCCAGAUGGUAUGUUCCCAAAUCAUAUUCCAAACCCAGAGGACAAAACAGCAAUGAAAGCUAUCACCCAAGCAGUCAUUGAUAACAAGGCUGAUUUGGGGAUCAUAUUUGAUACAGACGUCGAUAGAUCCGCUGCUGUGGAUUCAACCGGCCUUGAGUUCAAUCGUAAUCGUCUCAUUGCCUUAAUGUCUGCCAUUGUUCUUGAGGAACAUCCUGGAACAACUAUUGUUACAGAUAGUGUGACUUCAGAUGGUCUUACCACAUUUAUUGAGAAGAAGCUUGGGGGGAAGCACCAUCGUUUCAAAAGAGGCUACAAGAAUGUCAUUGAUGAAGCUAUUCGUUUGAACUCUGUCGGUGAGGAAUCUCAUCUGGCUAUUGAGACUAGUGGCCAUGGAGCUCUCAAGGAAAACCAUUGGCUUGAUGAUGGUGCAUACCUCAUGGUCAAAAUUUUAAAUAAAAUUGCUUCAGCCCGAGCUUCAGGGCAGACUGGUGGCAGCAAAGUUUUGACAGGUCUUUUAGAAGGUCUUCAGGAACCAGCUUUUUCAGUGGAAUUGAGAUUAAAGAUAAAUCAAAGUCAUCAAGAUCUUAAAGGAGGAUCUUUCCGAGACUAUGGAGAAGCAGUAUUGAAACAUUUGGAGAACUAUAUUGACUCGGAUCCAAAGCUUCAAAAAGCACCUGUUAACUAUGAAGGGGUCCGAGUUUCCGGCUAUGGUGGUUGGUUUCUUCUUAGACUCUCACUUCAUGAUCCUGUACUUCCCCUCAACAUAGAGGCACCAAGCAACAAUGACGCUGUGUUACUUGGAAAUGUUGUGCGAGCUGCUCUGAAGGAGUUCCCAGCUUUGGAUACAUCUGCUUUAGACAAAUUUGUCCAAGCAUCAUAAACUUUAGGUCUAUUCAAGUUGGAAAUCCUUCGGCAUCUUCAUGGCUCGAGAUGUACUUCCUUUUGUACGGGCGUUCUGCAACUUUGGCAUUGGUUGUUACUUGUUAGGCACCACAGAAUCUUGAAGACAUUUGUCCACGAAUGGUACUAGAACCCACUGUACAAAAAUUGAGUUUACCUUACUUUUAGGUU